GGUUUUUCCUCUGUCCCAGUUGUGCCUACACACAGUCGUAUUAAGCCUAGCGCGGCUAUUACGCACGAGGUGAAUAGCACUGCACACACCUCCGCGAGUUGGAGUAUAAACCCGCCUCAGGGUCCUGUUUAUGAGCCUUCUCCUAAACAGAGACAGGAUGAGAGCCGGUGUGUGAUGCAGCGUGUGGAGACCCCUUCAAAGCCCUUUAGGGCGGGGCCCCCCUUGGGUUGCUUCACAGGCAACGGCGGCAAGGGCUCUGGCAUGGCUUGUCACCAUGACUACCACAGCACAACAAAAACAGGUACGCCCGCUCUCAGAGCGGUGCUCAGAGUGGAGGCGGCUAUGUUUAAUGGACGGAUGGAUGAGCAGGCUGAUCAGCAGAGGGUACUCUCUGCAAUUUGCCUUCCCCCCCCGCAGUUCGAGGGGAUUCAGGAAACGCUCCUGUCAUCCCAAGAACAGUGUCUUGCGCUCCAGUCAGAGCUGCGGAGACUCCUGUUAAAGAAAGCAAUUUCCAGGGUUCCUCAGGGGAAAGAAAAUUGAAGGUUUUUCUCCCGUUAUUUUCUUAUCCCGAAAAAGACCGGGGGGAUGAGACCCAUCCUAGAUCUGUCAGCAUUCAACAGGGUGAUAAUGAAAAGACCGUUUCAUAUGCUGACAAUCAAACAGGUAAUGGAGUGUGUUCACCAGGGAGAUUGGUGCACCUCCAUAGACCUGAAGGAUGCUUACUUCCACAUAACCAUCAUCCCAAAACACAGGGAAUUCCUGCGUUUUUCAUUCCAGGGAAUAGCGUACCAGUUCAAUCGACUGCCGUUCGGAUAUUCUCUGGCUCCACGCACUUUUCAUAGUGUGUGGAGACGGCGCUGGAGCCGCUACGCAGAAGAGGGAUGAGAGUGUUAUUUUAUCUGGACGACCUGCUAUUGCUGGCCCGCUCCAGAGAGGAAGCUGCUUUACAGACGGUACAACUUGUAUCUCACCUGUCAAGCCUGGGUUUCAUAAUCAAUUGGGAGAAGAGCUGUCCUCUUCCCUCCCAGAUUAUCAUAUAUCUGGGGGUGGAAUUCAACUCAGCCCGCAUGAGAGCACGACUCUCACAGCGGAGAGUGGAGGAUCUGACAGCUCUCCUCGGGCGCGUCACACCCGGCAGGGUGGUGACAGCCCUCUCCGUGAUGCAGCUGUUGGGCAUGAUGUCAGCUGGUCAAGUGGUGAUUCCCCUGGGUCUCCUUCACAUGAGGAGACUUCAGAGGUGGUUUAUUCGCCUGCGCAUCGACCCCGUGCAUCAGAAGAGACGCAUGGUGUACAUUCCUCUGUCCGUAGGUUUAGAUCUGACCUACUGGAAAAAUCCCCACGUCCUGUCAGUGGGGGUUCCCCUUGGCAGAGUGACGUCACACACCUCGGUGUUUACAGACGCAUCGCUCUCAGGGUGGGGAGGAACAUGCAUGUCGCAGGCAGUGGGGGGACAGUGGCCGCCUCACAUGUCCCUUCAUAUAAACGCGCUGGAAUUACUCGCCAUAUGGAGAGUAAUCCGGCACUUCGCCCCGUUGCUGUGGAAUCAUCAUGUGUUGAUUCGAACGGACAACAAGGCAGCGGCAGCAUACAUAAAUCGUCAGGGAGGUGUACGAUCAGCGCAGCUGCUGGACACAGCCAGGAGGCUGUUGUGCUGGGCGCGCACACACGUACUCUCUGUCAGAGCAGUAUAUAUUCCCGGCGAGCUGAACAGAGGGGCAGACCUCAUGUCCAGAGGAGGUCCUCGACAAGGGAACUGGAGCCUCCACCCCGAGCUGGUCUCCCAGGUAUGGAGCAGGUUCGGAAGAGCGGAAGUGGAUCUGUUCGCUGCACGCGGGAACGCGCAAUGUGCUCUCUGGUUCUCCCUGAGAAGGCAGGAUCACCCCCCUCUGGGGGUGGACGCGUUCGCGCACAGACCUUGGCCCAGGGUGUUACUGUACGCUUUCCCACCAGUCCCUCUGAUCCCUCGGUUCCUGGACCGAGUGCAGGAGGAGCGACUGAUAGCGGUCUUAAUAGCCCCGGAGCGCACGGGAGCGUCCUGGUUCCCUGCAUACAGCAUCUCCUGUCAGGGAACCGUGGGAAAUUCCGUGGCGGGGGGAUGCUCUCUCCAGGUGGAGGGAGCGAUCAGCGGUCAUCCAGUGUUAGGCCAACAGCCGAACCUCACGGCGUUCUUUGGGGCUAAGCAGGCCAGCACGGUUACCGGACGGCAACCUAUGUUGGCUGCCCCAAAAGAUCGGUUUGUCGCCCGGCAGACCGACCGCAUACACCAGUGUGCAUUCCAGGAGCAGUCGAAGACCAUGUCCUCAGUGGAGGCUGAGGAGUAUAGGCGCGGAUUGCGUUGUGGGGCGACGCAGGCCCACCGGUACCUCUGGUUACAGCAGGGGGCUAUUCCGGAAGGUGCAGGAAAGGAUUUACUAGAGGCUCCAAUCAGUCCGGACGGACUGUUCGGUCCCCAGUUUCACACCAUGGUGGAGGCUAUGAAGUCUGCGGCAGAACAGGCAGACGACAUAAGGCGUCACGCUAGCUGGCUUCAGGACAAACAUCCUCAGCGGCAGCAGCGACAGCAACGACAGCACUCCGCAGCACCCGCAACAGUCUCAGCGGGGGCAUCGCGGGCAGCGGCGAGAUCAGCAACGGCGUCAGUAUCGCCCUUCGGCAGCUGCAGGGGCUCCGUCCCAGGUCUCCGCUCCUCCGCCACAGAGAAGGGAUCUGCAGGCGACGAGUCAGAGGGGAACGAAGAACCCCCGCUCCUGGUCUGCUCCUCCGAGAGAGCCUCCGAGGAAGCAGAACCGAAGAUGACUCUUUGGGGGGGUUAUGUUUGA